AAAAUAAGCUGUCGGUGUGCUUUUCAUCAAUACACCCUGAAAGCUGUAUAAGAGGGUCUGCACAUCACUCUUAGAUGGAUUAGAAGGACAACAUGACCAGGCACAUUCAAACAGGAACCAAAGCGCACAAUCCAUGCAACUAGACCAACUUUUCUAAGGCGGCACGGAGCGCGUAAACCGCAAGAAAAAGGAGGAACAGCAAUUUGCGCGGACAACAGCUACUUCUCAAUUAUAAUUUAUGUGACAAUUGAAAGAGGAGUAAAGUGACUUGUGAAGUGUUUCUUGAAGAUCCCUGAACUUCUGCGAGCUGAAUUGAGCAAAGCGUUUUCCCAUGAGGCUGGAAGGCGCCAGAAUGGACUUAAUCAAAAAAAUAUGGACGGCUCGGAAACUCAUUCUCGUGGUCAUGAUUCCUUUAUCCCUGCUGCCUCUGCCUCUCAUCCAUCCGUGCAGUGAAUCAUCGUGUGCUUAUGUCCUGAUUGUGACAGCGGUAUAUUGGGUAUCUGAAGCUGUGCCGCUGGGAGCCGCUGCACUGGUGCCAGCCUUCCUGUACCCGCUGUUUGGGGUCCUAAAAUCCAGUGAGGUGGCCUCUGAAUAUUUUAAGGACACUACCCUGUUGCUUAUGGGGGUCAUAUGUUUGGCCGCAUCCAUCGAGAAGUGGAACCUGCAUAAACGCAUCGCCCUCCGGAUGGUCAUGAUCGCUGGGGCCAAACCUGGCAUGUUGGUGUUGGGGUUCAUGUGCUGCACGGUUUUUCUCUCCAUGUGGCUGAGCAACACGUCCACCACGGCCAUGGUGAUGCCGAUCGCUGAAGCUGUUCUACAGCAACUGAUCUGCACAGGGAUCGCCGACACCAUCGAUGACUCGGCGACCGUAGAUACACAGGACGAGGAGAGCGACAAAGAGGAAAACCAAAAAUCAAGCAAUAAUCACCUUCAGCUGCUGGAAUGCAAAGACAAUGAAAAACAUGAAGUCUGUAUGCUGAGUGAGGAGUUGAAUGGUCUAACAUUUAGGCCUGGUUUCGGCUAUGCUAAAGAAUCAAAUGGAUAUCUGCCAGAGGCUCCAAUUAGCAUUCCCGUGCCAAAGAAACCCAAAAUCCGAAGGGAUUCGCUGUACCCCACCAAGAGAGACCACAUGAUCUGCAAGUGCCUGACUCUGAGCAUCACGUACGCCGCCACCAUCGGCGGUCUCAUCACCAUUACCGGCACGUCCACCAACCUCAUCUUUGCCGAACAAUUCAACAAUCGUUACCCAGAAGCAAAGGUCAUCAACUUUGGCACCUGGUUCAUCUUCAGUUUGCCGAUCGCUUUGAUCAUGCUGAUACUCACCUGGAUCUGGCUGCACUUUUUAUUCCUGGGAUGCAAUUUCAGAGAGACUUGCUCUCUCAGCAAGAAACGCAAAACCAGGCGAGAGAUCCUCUCCGAGAAACGCAUUCAUGAGGAGUACCAGAAACUCGGCCCCAUUAGCUAUCCUGAAGUCGUGACAGGCAUCUUUUUUGUUCUGAUGACCGUACUUUGGUUCACCAGGGAGCCAGGAUUUGUCCCCGGCUGGACAUCACUUUUUGAGAAGAAGGGCUACAGGACUGAUGCCACGGUGUCGGUGUUGCUCGGCUUCCUCCUCUUCCUCAUCCCUGCUCGAAAGCCUUGGCCAUCUGCAUUCUCCAGCGAGAGCAAAGAUGAUGGUGAUGAUGAUGACGAUGAAGAGGAAGAGGACCCUCUGGCCCCGAUGAUCACAUGGAAAGACUUCCAGAGACUGAUGCCGUGGGAAAUUGUUAUUCUGGUUGGAGGAGGAUAUGCACUGGCUGCCGGAUGCAAGGUGUCUGGGCUCUCCAUGUGGAUUGGUCGGCAGCUGGAGCCAAUGAGUGGUCUUCCUCCCUGGGCAGUCACGCUGCUAGCGUGUCUACUCGUGUCCGCCGUCACUGAGUUCGCCAGCAACCCCGCCACGCUCACAGUGUUUCUGCCCAUCCUCUCCGCCUUGUCAGAGACACUGCAGAUCAACCCUCUACACACACUCAUCCCUGCCACCAUGUGCGUGUCCUUCGGCGUCAUGCUGCCUGUUGGAAACCCGCCGAACGCCAUUGUGUUCAGUUAUGGACACGUGCAGAUCAGCGACAUGGUCAAGGCCGGGUUCGGAGUGAAUCUGAUUGGAGUUUUUGUGGUCAUGUUGGCCAUAAUGACGUGGGGAGAGCCUCUCUUCCAUCUGAGCGAGUUCCCCACCUGGGCGGUGAUGCGUAACGUCACGGGCAGCUUGUAGCUGGAGGUGGGCGGCACAGGCGUGAGUGUUUGACACGUAGGGACUGAGGACACUGGAUAUACACUGAAGGAGGCAUAUAAAUGUGAUUAAGGCCUUAUUUUUCCCCCCGUCCAUGGAGUAAGAGAGUAGCCGUGACACCUCCGUCGGAGGAUGCAGAACUGCUCACUGUGACUGAAUGAACGGCACAAACGGGGGAAACUAUUCUUACACUUCUAUAUCAAUGUUGCCUUAAAGUAUUAGGCGUAGAUUAACAUCUUUACAGCUGAAUGCACAAGUUCAUGUGCCUACAAAACACAAUCAGCAAUGCUUGUGUGUGCCACUGAAUGUAACAUGUCUGUAUGCUUUAUUUUCUGAUGUCUAACAAAUGUUGUGUUACAUUUGCAUUAUUUACUUGAGAGGUUUGAGGGAGAUUUUGCAUCAGGCCUAUUUGCAGUUGAAGUCGCUGCUGAAAUCAAACAUAGUAUCUAAAAUGCUCUUGCCAAAAUGUUACAUAGCUUAUAUGUGGUCAGGUUACAGAAGAUUAUUUCAAAUCCUUUGUUAUUCAAUAAACCUCUGUGCUUUUUGAAGGUGGCCAUUAAAGGUAUAGUUCACCCAGAAAUGAAGAUUUUGUCAUCAUUU